AUGCUCUUCAACGUCGCCGCCAUUGCCUCCCUCCUGGCUGUCGCCAACGCCCGCAUCGUCGGCAUCGCCGUUCCUGAGACCGUCGCCCCCGGCGCCACCAUCGAGGCCACCAUCCUCACCGAGAACUACAUCCAGUCCGUCUACGACGUCGCCAUCGUCUUUGGCUACGCCGCCGGCAACGGCUUCCCUCAGUCUCUCGGCAACGUCCUUGCCUCCUACUACCUUGGACCCACCCAGUCCAACGUUUCAGGCAACCUCACCCGCUCCAUCACCAUCCCCGCCUCCGCCCAAAAGGGCGAAAAGGCCCUCAUCUCCGCCAGCCUCAUGAGCCUCUAUGGCGCCGUCUACGGCCCUACCCUGACCAACUUCAACGUCUCCGUCACCGUUGGCGAUGCCACCUCUUCCACCCUCAAGUCCGGCACUCUCUACUAA